AGAUAAACAGAGACACUGCUCUGAACUGGGGUGAAGGUGGAAAGGGGGACCAUGUUCUGCCAGCCCAGACCACGGGAAGCGAGGGUCUGUUUUCUUCCAGCUGAGCAGUUUGGGAUCAGCCAGGCACCCGGGAUGGAGAGUUUACCAGCUCACAGCCUCGAAGGGGUGUGUCCUCAGCUCUGGGCACUGACUGGAGUGCAGAGGCAAAGACCAACCGUUUUCUCCUGCCUGGUCUAUCUUUGAGUCAGCGCUGAAGGGUGGCUGUCGAGGGGGAGGUUAGACUCUGCCAGACUUCACCCCAUCCCCAGGGAAGCAAGAAAACCAAAACUGGUUAGGGUUUUCAGCCCUACAGUGCAGCACCUGACAGAUGCAGCCCUCUCCCCAGUUUCCACAUGGUGUUGUUUGAGAAGCUAGGGUUAAAGGACAGAUGGUGAGAGGAGAGCAAAGACAUCUGGUACCAGCUCUGAAGCAGGCACGGCAGCCUUGACAUGCAGCUGCUCUGUGGCUAGGUGUGCGUGGUGAGCUUUUGCACAAGUUGCUAACCUGAGUCUCAGUUUUCCUUGUCUGUAGAAUGGGCGAAGGGGAAAGCCUAGAUGAUAGGGUAACAUGAGAGAUGCCAGGAUCUAGCUCAGGGCCCAGGUCCUUGUAGGACCUGAGUGUCAUCAAAGAAGGCCGAUAUUAUUGGAGUUGUUAUAAUUUGGUGGAAAGGAAUAAUGCCCCUUUUCUCAGACUCCUUAGAAACAUGGCUUGCUCUGAGGCCAGAGGUGGGUGAACAAUUCUUCAGCUCUGUUGAAUGCAGCUGGAGAUUCUUGGGGAGAUUUUUUUUAGGAGGAAAGAGAGGUCAGAGACCACCUGGACCCACUCUUCCAAUUUCAGAUGAGGAAGUCCAGGCCUGGGAAGGGGAAGUGACCGUCUCUUAUGACCUGGUGGAACAGGACCUAAAAUUUCUGGAGGAGGAGAAACAGGCAUCUUGUCACCAGGGGCCAUGGGAUGGGAACACAGGGGUCACCAGAACUGGAUCCCUCCCCCAGGACUGUCUUCCUCCCAAGGGCAUGGGAUGCAGAGAGCAUUGCUCAGCUUGUGGGUCCAUCUGCAUAAAGGGGCGGUUUGGCACUUUCAAGGUCAGGCAGAGCUGGAGAGAAACAGAGAGCCACCCAGGGGUGGAGAUGAAUUUCCUGCCCUAGAGCGGUGGCCUUUGGGAAAGGGUUAGCUGGCUGGAGGCCUGACCCUGGGAGUGCCUGGGCAAGGUGGAGUGCUUUUGCCACUGUGAGCAUGCUUCCAAGAAAGCACGUGGUGGGUGAACCAGGGGAGGGUAGGUGGCUGCUUGCUCCCCGGUUUGGCUGAAGUCCUGUGGUGCAGAGAGAAAGUGAAAGGGAAAAAGCAAAUGUGGGGGAGGCGUGGUGGCCCGGCAACAGGUCCGCCCCAAGCUCACCACAAUCCCAGACCUGGCAGGAGGGAGACGCCACCAGCAGUGCGUAGAAGCCCGGGAAACCGUGGCAGUGGACAGUGUGCCACUAUGGAGCUGGGGCCUCUGGAAGGUGGGUACUUGGAGCUUCUUAACAGUGACGUCGAUCCCUUGCACCACUACCACUUAUAUGACCAGAUGGACUUGGCAGGAGAGCAAGAGAUUGAGCUCUACUCAGCCCUCUUCCCAGAUCUCCCCAGCUUCAUACAAGGAACGUUUCCUCCAGAGCCUGACAUGGACACCAUCAACUGUGACCAGUUCAGCAGGCUGCUAUACGACAUGGAAAGGGAAGAAGAGACUGGAGAUACGUACCCCAACAUUGCGGAACUGGACCAGUAUGUGUUCCAAGACGCCCAGUUGGAGGACCCUAGCAAGGACAUUUUCAUAGAGCACAUAGGCCUGGAAGAAGUGAACAGUGAGAGUGUGGAGGUGCUGGAGGAAGCAGGGCAGAGAAGUCAGAAAAGAUCCUUCCCAGAGGAGCAUCCCACAGACCUGAAGCACAGGAAACUAGCAGAGCCCUUUUCUGGGCCCAUAGUUACCGGCAGCUUCUUGGUGGGACCAGCCAGUGACUCUUCCCCGCUGUCCUGCCAGCCACCACAUGCUCUACUCAACCAGGUGCCAGACUCAGGCCAGAUCCAGCUAGAGGAAACUGUGCAGGUGCCUGCGGACCUCUCCUCACCCUUGGUGAGCUGUGUGACUCUGCCUGCUGGGCCCAUUCAGUUCAUCUCCACACUCCCGACUCUGCCCCAGGGGCUCUGGCAGGUCUCAGGGCUGGGCACAGCAGUCUCCAGUAUAUUUGUCUAUCAUGGUGAAAUGCCCCAGGCCAAACACACUCUGCCUGCCAGUGGCCCUGCUGUCCACAGCCUCCCAAAGUCCCCAACCCGGCCUGGCUCCACCAGCCCCUUCGCUCCCUCUGCAGCUGACUUACCCAGCAUGCCCGAGCCAGCCCUGACCUCCCGAACGGAUGCCACAGGUGAAGACUGGAAGAACAAAGCCACCUGCAGGACAGGACGGUCAUGUGUAUUAGAGGAUGAAACAUCCCCUCCGCCAUGCCAGGCAACUGCAGAGGAUGCCAUCCAGCUUUCCAAAUGGCCUGAGGCAGUGAGGCAGUUCCACCACUCACUGCAGGACUGGCACCAGGCAGAGCCCACAGAGCCAGAGGUGGAGGUGGACCUGCUGAGAGCCCGGCUAGAGAAGGGCAGCCACAAGAGCCAGGAGAGGGAGCUGGUCAUCGUGGACUGGGCUGAGCGACAACCAGUCAGUGGCGGUCUGGCCGAAGUGCUGCUGGCUGCAAGCAACCGGCGACGACUGCGAGAGACCCAAGUGAUUGCCAUGCUGGGCAAGGCGGGGCACGGGAAGAGCCACUGGGCACAGGCAGUGGGCCGGGCCUGGGCCCGUGGCCAGCUUCCUCAGUAUGACUUUGUCUUCUAUGUGCCCUGCUACCGCUUGGACUACCCAGGGGAUACCUACUGCCUAAAGGAUCUGCUCUGCUCCCCAGGCCCUCAGCCACUGGCCAUGGAUGAGGAAGUCUUCAGCCACAUCUCCAGGAGGCCUGAGCGCAUCCUGCUCAUCCUGGAUGCCUUUGAGGAACUGGAAGCUCAGGACAGCUUCCUGCAUGGUGCUGGCGGGCCCACGUGCACAGAGCCCUGCUCCUUCCGGGCGCUGCUGGCAGGGCUCCUGCAGCGCAGGCUGAUGCAAGGCUGUACCCUGCUCCUCAUGGCCCAGCCCCGUGGCCGCCUGGCCCAGGUCCUGGGCAAAGCUGAUGCUCUGUUUGAGGUGACUGGUUUCUCUACUGAACAGGCACAGACAUAUGUAACGUGCUACUUCAAGGGCUCAGAGCACAGAGAGCAAGCUCUAAUGCUCCUUCAGGACCAGCCAUUUCUCCUCAGUCAUAGCCACAGCCCCACUCUGUGCCGGGCAGUGUGCCAGCUCUUGGAGACCUUGCUGCAGCGAGGGGAGGAGGCCAAGCUUCCCUCCACACUCACAGGACUCUAUGUUGGCCUGCUAGACCGGGCAGCCCGGGACAGCCCUCCAGGGGCCCUGGUAGGGCUGGCCAAGUUGGCCUGGGAGCUGGGCCGCAGACACCAAAGUACCCUUCGGGAGGAUCAGUUCCCCACAGAACAGAUAAGGACCUGGGCUGUGACUAAAAGCCUUGUGCAACCUGUAGUGCAACAGGUCCCAGGGGCUGCUGAGGCUGAGCUGGCCUUCUCCAGCUUCCUCCUGCAGUGCUUCCUGGGGGCCCUAUGGCUGGCUCUGAGCAGCGAAAUCAAGGACAAGGAGCUGCCGCAGUUUUUAGCACUGACCCCGAGGAAAAAGAGGCCCUAUGACAACUGGAUGGAAGGUGUGCCACGCUUUCUGGCUGGACUGAUUUUCCAGCCUCGGGCCCGCUGCUUGGGAGCGCUGGUUGGGUCUGCAGCAGCUGCCUCGGCAGACAAGAAGCAAAAGGUGCUCACCAGAUACCUGAAGCGCCUGCAACCCAGAACGCUGCAGGCUGGGCGGCUGCUGGAGCUGCUGCACUGUGCCCACGAGGCCAGUGAGGCUGGGAUCUGGAUGCACGUGGUGCGAGAGCUGCCUGCGUGCCUCUCCUUCCUGGGCACACGGCUCACGCCACCUGACGCCCAUGUGCUGGGCCAGGCCUUGCAGGCAGCUGGCCGAGACUUCUCCCUGGACCUCCGUGGCACGGGCAUCGACCCCUCUGGCCUGGGGAACCUUGUGGGACUCAGCUGCGUCACCCGUUUCAGGGCGGCCUUGAGUGACACCGUGGGGCUCUGGGAGUCCCUGCAGCAGCGUGGGGAGACCCAGCUACUCCAGGCAGCAGAGGACAAGUUCACCAUUGAGCCAUUUAAGGCCAAGUCCCUAAAGGAUGUGGAAGACCUGGGCCACCUUGUGCAGACCCAGAGGUUAAGAAGUUCCUCUGAAGACACAGUUCGUGAGCUCCCUGCUGUCCGAGAUCUGAAAAAGCUGGAGUUUGCGUUGGGCCCCACAUUGGGCCCCCAAGCUUUCCCCAAACUAGCAAAGAUCCUUCCAGCCUUUUCUUCUCUCCAGCACUUGGACCUGGACUCUCUGAGCGACAACAAGAUUGGGGACACGGGUGUCUCGCAGCUCUCAGCCACCUUCCCUCAGCUGAAGGCACUGGAGACGCUCAACCUGUCCCAGAAUAGCAUUACGGACACGGGUGCCUGCACCCUUGCUGAGGCCCUUCCCUUGCUCUCUGCAUCCCUUCUCAGACUCAGCUUAUACAACAACUGCAUCUGUGACAUGGGUGCUGAGAGCCUGGCACGUGUGCUUCCUGAGAUGGGGUCCCUGCGGGUGAUGGACGUCCAGUUCAACAAGUUCACAGCUGUGGGUGCCCAACAGCUGGCUGCUAGCCUGCGGAAGUGCCCUCGUGUGGAGACCCUGGCGAUGUGGACACCCACCAUCCCGUUUGGUGUCCAGGAACACCUACAUCAGCUGGACUCCCGGAUCAGCCUGCGAUGACCCUGCUGUGUCCUGGAUAAGAAUGCACUCUGAGGAUACUGACCAUGCUGGACCUUCAACUGGGUACCUUGAGUUCAUCUCAGUUGUACUCCCUGAGCCUUAGUGUCUGGCGCCUGGCCCCUGUGGGCUCAGGGAUGGCACUGCCCAUCUGUGCAUGGACUUACAUCUUGUUCUGCCCAGCUCCAAGGCUCCUUCAGACCCAGGUAGACAUCAGCCUUGUCUGGCUGUGGUAAGAGCCAAGACAAGUGUGGUCCACCCUGGAGGCCCAAGGUGUUGCCUGAAAACACUCUUGGACAGCCACGACCAAGCCAGCAUGAGGGACUGAGGCUGCCACGUGACCACCUGCUUGGGCCCUGUCACCCUAGUGAGAAGGCCCUUUUCCAUGCGAGUCUCAACCAGACUGCUUAGCAGAACCUGAUUGGUGCUCUGAAGAUGCCCAUCGACAAUCCCGAGUCUGCUGAUACACCAACUGACAGGGAUUCUAUGGCAGCUGCUAUCUGUCUAUACUACUUACUAUUUGCACUAACUUUUGGUCAAGGUUAGAGUUGGUCCUGGCCCAAACUCUGGAUUUUAGCCAGGACCAGUGAAUGGUUACACUAAAGGCUGAGGGAUGGGAAAACGGCUUGGGACCCCACCCCAUACCCACCCUGGGCCUUCACCUUCCCUGUCUUUCUUCACUACAUUUUAAAUGUCUCAGUCUCAUGAAAAGGGCUGGGGUUUGGGUUUAUACUAUGAUUCCUGCUUAGAGGACCCACUGUUGUGGUUAUUCAAUAUAUAACGAGCCACACCAAAGUACAGUGGCUUAAAAUAACACAAACCCCCAUCAGCUCACACUCCUGUCAUUUGGGCAGGGCUCAGAAGAGACAGCUCCCCUGUCCCCUCAGCAUUUUCUGGAGCCACUUGAAGGCUAGGCUGAGCCAGCUGAUUGGAAAGCUCCUCCUCCCAUGUGUCUGGCACCUGACACUGGCUGCUGGCUGAGGUCUUAGGGGCUCUUAGGAACAGCUGGCUGGAGACUUCUCCAUGGAGAUGAAUUUGAGCUUCCUCAUAUCAUGGUGUAGGAUUGAAGGAUGAUCACUCAGAGACAGACAAUCAGGCAGAGACAGAGAAGAAGAGGAAAGAGACCAUAAGUGACAGCUGGUGACCUCUUUAUAGCCUAGCCUUAUACAUCACACAAAAUUGUUUUUGCUAUGUUCUAUUGGCCAGUGUGACAGGGGCUACUUCCUCCUACUCCUUCCACUGGGCAAACAGACAGCAAACACACACACACACACACACACACAAGAUAGAGAAUCCACACUGGGCUAACUCCUGUCUUUUCUGAAAGGAUUUUGUUUGUGGCUUCCUGAGAUUUGGUGGAAACUCAUUCUUUGGCAGUCGGUAAGGCUGACGCUAUAUAAAAGGGAAUGUUCUUUCCAGCCUUCUGUACACCAUUCUGUCCUGGGAGCCACUUAUUAGACAAGUUGGAACCCUGCCAUGGCUGCAGGAGCUGGAAAAAGCCUUGACGACCCUGCUUUCCACCCAGAGAGCCACCAGCACAGCUGCUGUUUUUCACUUUGGCCUGUCCUGCUGGUCAGAAGCCCAAUCCAUGGAUUGAUGGGCACAACUUGCUGCCUGCUGAUGGUGGCAAGGAGUUAGCUAUUCAGCUCCAGCUCAUAGCCCUAAUGCCCACAGGAUCCAAACUCUGUUCCUUUCCCCAGAAGUGGGAAAAGUGUGUUCAGGAGAGUCAAGGGAUCGGCCUGGGGCCUGGUAGGCAUUCCCUGCAAAGGUAGAGCCUUCGCCAUUGGCCAUGGCAAAGGGCUUCACAAGCUGUCACCCAGGUUUGGGUGGUAAAUAGCUCAGGCAUCACUGCUGAGGGGUUCCUGCAUUUUCAGGUAAUGCAGAGACCAUGGUACCCCCAUUUGUCUGGACACAGGUGUGAACAACAAGUGAUUCUGUGAUGCAGUCACCUACUACACCUGUUAGCCAGGUGGGCACCCCGAACCCUCUGCUUUUGACCUAUUUGGAGAUAUUAAAAUGAGGUCAGAGGCUCUACUUAUUCAUAAUGAUUUUUGAGUGGCAGCUACCAUUUUACAAGUCAGUUCAUGUUGCACUCAUGAUAGUACAAGGGGCAUAGUACAUGUUCAGUAAAUGUUGCCAAUUAUGGUUACUAUGCACCAGGCACCAUGCUGAGCCCUUCGUACUAUUGGACUUCAGUGCAGCUCAUCACUCAUGUAUGUGAGGGAGGUUCCUUUGUGCUCAGCAUCCUUGUGUGGGCUGGGUUGUGCAAUGAUCCUGUGAGUGAAUGCUUUGAGAGCGCCUGGCACACAGCUUAGUGUGUAUUAACGGUCACCAUUAUAUAUCUCUGAUUAUUUUCUUACCUGAGCCCAGAAUGUUCUUCCCACCUCUUCAUAUGGCUGCUUUUUCAUGCUUCAAGACUGUUUGAGGACACUGACCACCAACGCUGCUCUCCCUGGCUGCCCACUCUCUAACCACAUUGCAAUUUGUUGUCUGCUCUUUUCCUAGGCUGUGAAUUCCAAGAGGGCGGGGAACCUGACUACUUUGUUCACUGCUGGCCUCUGCACCCAACAAGGUGCCUUGGUACAGUAGGUGCUUAAUAAAUGUAGAACAGAUGGGUCAUCCCCAGCCAACUUUGCUUUAUUCAUUCCACAACAUACCAAAUGAGUAACAUGUUCAGGUUUUUGGCUCUGAAGACUUGCAUUUUAGCAAAUUUUAAAAGCUCUCUGACAGCUCAGUAUCAUGGCACAUGCCUGUAAUCCUAGCACUUAGAAGGCUGAGGCAGGAGGAUCACCAUGAGUUUGAGGCCAGCCUGGGCUACAUAGUGAGUUCAAGACCAGUCUACACAGACCUCAUCUUAAAAUAAAUAAAUAAAUGCAAGCUCUCUAACAGGGCAGCCUGUACACUGCUUUGAGAUUCAGGCCCAAUUUCUCAAGUGGCCAACAGGCUUUCCUACCACACCCCACAAGCUGCCUCUGGCUUGCUAGGCUUGUGGAAGCUGGGAGGGGUCAGCUUGGGACUCUCAGAUGUAUCCAUUCUCCAAACCCACUGACUCUCUAAACUCGGGGGCUCUGACUUUUUUUGCAUGUUAUCAUCCUCAAAGUGCAUAAGUUUUUCCAACUCUCAAAGGAGAAAAAAAAAAACCUGAGAAACUGGAGUUGCAUACAUUUUUUAAUUGAAAUAAGUCAGCCUAAGUAUUGCUUUUACAGGUUUAUCGAAAUCAAGUAUUCACACUGCUCACAUUUUCAAAAAUAUAUUUCUAGCCAGAGGAGUGGCAAAGCACUCCCCCAGCAUGAGGUCUCAGUCCUGCCAACCUGAUGAAGAGCAAGCAACUUGAAAUGCCUAUGUCAAAGUCCUACCCUCAGCCUCCACAUUUCUUCAGCUGCUUUUUUUUUUCUGAGUCACCCCCAAAGCAAUCACCGAGACCAGACUUGGGCUAUGAACCCAGCUGGGCUUAAGGCUCAACUGGCAGAGGAAGGACCUAGGUGUCGCCUUCAGGUGCAGCCACAGCUUCAUUUUGCAGUGUUUUCUCCAGAGGUGAAGUCGGGGAAGCAGGUGCCAUGGGGAGUGAAGUGCAGGGUGGCAGCUUUGGGCCAGGCUCCUAUAAACAUCCAUCCUGAUAGCGUGAGGUCACACACCCAGACCAGGGUCAGGCCUUCUGAGCGACUGGAGAAGUCUUCCCUCCUGUGUGGGGACCGGGGCUUUCUCAGCCUGGGCACUCAGUCCCAAUCUCUCUUUCCGCUCUCCCGGGUUCAGACGGGGACCUCUCUGUUGGCACGAAGCUUUGGAGGGGAGCAAGCCUAACAAGAAGAAGGAUGUUAUCAGUAAGGAGACCCACCCUGCUACCAGCCUCGCAAACUCAGACAGCAGCCCAGGCCUCCGGAGACUCAGGGUGAACAGGGCAGUCUUCUUCCUCUCUUCAAUCCCAAGACCCCCCAGAAAUCCUGGACUUGGUCGGGAUGGGAUGUUUUUCUAUUUUUAUUACCAAUGCUUUUUAAUAAAUUAAUUUAAUGUUA